AUGAUGUAUAACAUGAUGGAGACCGAGCUGAAGCCCCCUGCUCCCCAGACCAACACGGGGGGCCCGGGCAACACCAACACGUCCGGGUCUGGACCCAACCAGAAGAACAGCCCGGAGCGGGUGAAGAGACCCAUGAACGCCUUCAUGGUGUGGUCCCGGGGCCAGAGGAGGAAGAUGGCCCAGGAGAACCCCAAGAUGCACAACUCGGAGAUAAGCAAGAGGCUGGGAGCCGAGUGGAAACUCCUGUCCGAGUCCGAGAAGAGACCCUUCAUCGACGAGGCCAAGCGGCUGCGGGCCCUGCACAUGAAGGAGCAUCCGGAUUACAAAUACCGGCCCCGGAGGAAAACCAAGACCCUCAUGAAGAAGGACAAGUACACCCUGCCCGGCGGGCUGCUGGCUCCGGGGGGCAACGGCAUGGGCUCUGGGGUCGGGGUCGGGGUGGGCUCGGGUCUGGGCGGAGGGGUGAACCAGAGGAUGGACAGCUACGCGGCUCACAUGAACGGAUGGACCAACGGAGGGUACGGGAUGAUGCAGGAGCAGCUGAGCUACCAGCACCCGGGGCUGAACGCUCACAACGCGGGUCAGAUGCAGUCCAUGCACCGCUACGACAUGAGCGCCUUGCAGUACAACAGCAUGGCCGGCUCCCAGAGCUACAUGAACGGCUCGCCCACCUACUCCAUGUCCUACUCCCAGCAGUCCACGCCGGGCAUGACCAGCCUGGGCUCAAUGGGGCCCUCCUCGGUGGUGAAGUCCGAGUCCAGCAGCUCCAGCCCGCCCGUCGUCACCUCGUCGUCCCACCGGGCCGCACCGGGGGGCUGCCAGAGCGGGGACCUGAGGGACAUGAUCAGCAUGUACCUGCCCGGGGCGGAGGUCUCCGAGCAGGGGGCCCAGACCCGGCUACACAUGUCCGGGCACUACCAGAGCGCCGUGCCCGGGACGACGAUCAACGGCACGCUGCCCUUAACUCACAUGUAA